AUGCGCAGCAAGUGGCAGCCAGUAGAGGUGCGAGCUUCUACGUCAAGAGUUGCCGAAACAUCACAACAGCAUGACGUACGUGUUGAAGAUCUUCGAGCAAGAGCGUCUGCGUCAAGAGCUUCUGCAACACCAGAAGAGCGAGACACACGACGUGAAGCAGAACGCUCACGGCAGACUCGAUCAAGAACAAGAAUCGAUCUCAAGAAAGCAGCGUUCAAUUACGAUAAACACUAUGACUACAAAAUGCACCGCGAUGUUGUCAUUGGUCCGAUGACUAAAUUGUGUCUACACUGUCGCGCUUUGAAGUUUCAAAAAGAAGCGCCUGGCAUGUGUUGCUCCAAUGGCAAAAUCAGUUUGCCACCACUGACUGAACCACCAGAACCACUGCUCACUUACGUUGCAGGAGCACUUUCUACAGCAUAUUCGGAAAUACAACUCAUGCUUUCAGAUGACAUCGUUUGGAGCGACGAAUAUUUAUCCAAAGAAGACCGGCAAUUUUUGCAAAUUUAUUUCAUGGACAAUGUGGAGAAGGAGAUUGAUCGACGAUGCGCAUUUAGUGUAGCAACAGAUCGAAAGAUUACUGCUGAAUUACGAGCAUUAUUCCACGAGCACAACUGUUUGGUCCGAGAUUUCAAAUCCGCAUUGGAGAAUGUAAGAGCGGAUGACUUCAAACUCAUUAUCAGAGCAGACAAAACCCCAUCGAAUGAGCAUGAAAGACGCUUCAAUGCUCCAAUAGCCCCUGAAGUAGCAGCUGUAAUUGUCGGUACAGAAAUUACUCGGCGAGAUAUUGCUAUCAGCAGGCGAAAUCAAACCAAGCAACGUAUUGCCGAAACACAUCGAUCGUACGACGCACUUCAAUAUUCAAUUCUAUUUCCGCGAGGAGAAGACGGUUAUCAUUUCGAAUUGUAUCAAACUCAUCCCGUCACAGGUGCUGCGACAACGAAAAAAGUCAGUUGUAUGGAUUUUUAUGCAUAUCGCAUCAUGAUUCGAGCCGAACAAUCCAACCAUAUCUUAAAGUGUCGUCAUGUUUUUCAACAAUUCAUCGUUGAUAUGUACGCCAAAGUAGAAAGCGAAAGACUCAAUUACAUUCGUUACAAUCAAUCGAAGCUUCGAGUCGAAGAUUAUAUUCAUUUGCGAGAUGCAAUCGCGAAUGAUGGAACAAUUGGUAACAUUGGACAAACGGUUAUACUUCCAGCUUCGUAUACUGGAAGUCCAAGACAUAUGCAAGAAUAUGCUGAGGAUUCUCUGAAAUAUGUUCGCAGAUAUGGACGUCCAGAUCUUUUCAUCACGUUCACAUGCAAUCCAUCUUGGUGUGAAAUCAAAGAUUUACUUUUGCCUGGCCAGCAACCAUCUGAUCGGCAUGACUUCACAGCGAGAGUUUUCAAACAAAAAUUGAUACGUUUUAUGGAUCGCAUCACUAAGAACCACAUAUAUGGAGAAACUCGCUGUUGGAUGUAUUCCAUCGAAUGGCAGAAAAGAGGUCUACCACAUGCUCAUAUCUUAAUUUGGUUGGUUGAAAAAAUUGUUCCAACUCAAAUUGAUGAUAUCAUUACUGCUGAGCUGCCCAACGCAGAAGAAGAUCCAGAAUUAUUUGAAAUUGUGAAAAAAAAUAUGAUUCACGGACCAUGUGGGAGACACAACCCACACUCGCCAUGCAUGAAAGACGGAAAAUGUACCAAAAAGUAUCCACGCCAGCUGCUGCAAGAAACACAAACUGGUGGCGACGGUUAUCCGUUGUACAGACGACGAAAACCGAAUGAUGGAGGAUACACCACAACUAACAAAAUCAAUAACGUUGAUUUCGAAGUUGAUAACCGAUGGAUUGUGCCCUACUCUCCUAUCCUUUCGAAAUCAUUCAAUGCACAUAUCAACGUGGAGUCCUGUAAUUCAGUUAAGUCAAUAAAAUACAUUUGUAAAUACGUGAAUAAAGGCAGCGAUAUGGCAAUUUUCUGA